AAUUCCCCAGUUUUCUUCUUUCUCCACUCCCUCACCUCCUUCUUAAUCACUUCCUUUAACGUUUCCUUAAACCCCCCCAAUCUCUCUCUCUACACUCUUUCUCUAUCCAUCCCCACCAAAUCUCCAUUAACAAUACACCAAUAUCUUCAAAGCAAAGCAUCGAAUUUCUCCACCCAUUCAACAAAAUAUAAUCCACCCACACAAAUUCAAACAUAAGUAAGAAAACCCAAUUCAAAUUACCCAAUUUCGAGUAAAAAAAACCCCACAAAAAAGGAGUCAAAUUUUUCAUGGUAAAUGCAAUGGAAAUUCCGCGGAGUGUAAUUGGUGAAUUGGGUGCAGGUAUUACAUCAUCGGAGCUCCGAGAAACAGCGUACGAGAUCUUAAUUGGAGCAUGUCGGAGCUCUACCGGGUCAAAGCCAUUGACUUACAUCCCUCAAUCGGAACGGAAUACGUCAACGGAUAGGGAUAGGAGUACAUCAUCGUUGACGACAUCGCCGUCGUUGCAGAGGUCAUUGACGUCCGCUGCGGCGAGUAAAGUGAAGAAGGCGCUUGGGAUAAGUAGUGGAGGUAGGAGAAAAGGAGGAGAGAGGAAAUCAGGGGGGACUGUGGGAGAGAUGAUCAGGGUUCAAAUGAGGGUUUCGGAGCAAAUUGAUUCUAGGGUUCGUAGGGCUUUUCUUAGAAUUGCUGCUGGUCAGUUAGGAAGACGGAUAGAAUCAAUUGUAGUGCCGUUGGAGCUAUUGCAGCAGUUGAAGCAAUCAGAUUUUCCUAACCAGCAAGAGUUUGAGGCAUUCCAGAAGAGAAGCUUGAAGUUACUAGAAGCUGGGCUUCUCCUCUAUCCUUAUGUUCCCUUGGAUAAGUCAGACAAUGGUGCCCAGCGGCUGAAACAGAUCAUUCGAGGAGCCUCUGAGAAGCCUAUUAUGGAAACUGGAAAGAAUAGCGAGUUUAUGCAGGUUCUUCGAACUGUUGUGAUGACACUUUCGUGCAGAUCCUUUGAUGAUCAGGCUUCAAAUAUGUGUCAUUGGGCAGAUGGAUUCCCAUUGAAUCUUCAUAUAUACCAGGUGCUUCUUGAGGCUUGUUUUGAUGUAGAUGAUGAGACUUCUAUUAUUGAAGAAGUAGAUGAGGUUUUAGAACUUAUCAAAAAGACUUGGGUGAUUCUUGGCAUGAAUCAAGAGUUGCAUAACCUUUGUUUUUUGUGGACUCUCUUUCAUCGUUAUGUGGAGACCGGUGAAAUUGAAGACGACCUCUUGUUUGCAGCUAGCAAUCUCUUAGCUGAAGUUGAAAAUGAUGCCAAGACUAUGAAAGAUGUUGACUAUUCCAAGGUUUUGAGUUCUUCUUUAAGUGCAAUGUUGGGAUGGGCAGAGAAGCAGUUGUUGACCUACCAUGAUACUUUUAGCAGUGGUAAUGUCGAAUUGAUGCAAAGUGUUGCUACUUUGGCGGUAACCUCAGCUAAAAUACUGGUGGAAGACAUCUCUCACGAGUAUCGCAAGAAGAGGAAAGAAGUUAAUGUGGCUCGUGACAGGGUUGAAACCUACAUCAGAUCGUCUAUUCGGACUGCUUUUGCUCAGAAAAUGGAGAAGAUCAACUUGAGCAAAUCGUCAUCUAAAAAUCUGCAAAAUCAAAUACCUGUUCUUUCACUCCUUGCACAAGAAGUCACUGAUUUGGCACUUAGUGAAAAGGAGAUAUACAGCCCUAUAUUUAAAAGAUGGCACCCUCUAUCGGCAGGUGUAGCUGCCGCGACUCUUCAUGUUUGCUUUGCCAAUGAGCUGAAGCAAUUUGUUGCUCGCAUUAAUGAGUUAACACCUGAUGCUGUGCAAGUACUCUUAGCCGCUGAUAGGUUGGAAAAGCAACUUGUACAAGUUGCAGUUGAAGAUGCUGUGGAAAGUGAUGAUGGUGGCAAGUCAAUAAUCAAGGAAAUGCCUCCCUAUGACACGGAAGCUGUUAUAGGGACAUUAGUGAAAUCUUGGAUAAGGACCAGAGUUGACAGAUUGAAAGAAUGGGUUGAUAACUAUCUUAAACAAGAGGUGUGGAAUGUACAAGCAAAUAAGGAGCGAGUUGCGCCCUCUCUUAUUGAAGUUUUGCGUAUUGUGGAUGAAACUCUGGAAGCAUUCUUCCUGUUACCAAUACCUAUGCAGCCUGCACUGGUAACUGAUUUGACCAUCAGUCUGGACCGAUGUUUACAGCAUUACAUCCUGAAGGCAAAAUCUGGUUGUGGGACUAGAAAAAGUUACUUGCCUAGCUUGCCUGGUUUAACGAGAUGUUCAGCUGGCUCUAAGUUCUUCAAGAAGAAAGAAAAGUCACAAGUACCGAUGAGAAGAUCGCAGGUUGGAAGUACAAAUGUGGGAGAUCUUUUUGGGAUAUCACAGUUAUGUGUCCGUAUUAACUCAAUGCAGCGUAUUCGCUCUGGAGUUGAUGCUUUGGAAAAAAGAACCAUUACCUAUCUAAAAAGUUCAGGAUCUGCUGACUAUAAAGGGACCAAGUUUGAACUUUCCAUUGCUGCAUCUUUUGAAGCGAUCCAUGAACUCAGCGAAAUAACCAGUUACAAGAUUGUUUUCCAAGAGUUGAGUCAUGUUUUGUGGGACGGUUUAUAUGUUGGUGAGGUUUCAUCAUCUAGAAUCGAGCUUUUCCUUCAGGAACUGGAGCAUUACUUAGAAACUAUCGCAACAACGGUGCAUGAUAGAGUUAGAACCCGUCUCAUCACCGAGGUUAUGAAAGCUUCGUUUGAAGGGUUUUUGUUAGUUUUGGUUGCUGGAGGCCCUUCUCGGUCUUUUACUCAACAAGAUUCCGUCAUAAUUGAAGAGGAUUUCAAGUCCCUUUGUGAUUUGUUUUGGUCAAACGGGGAUGGUUUGCCUUCUGAAGUGAUUGACAGGUUUGCAACAACUUUGAAAACGAUCCUCCCUGUUCUCCGUAUUGACACAGAGAGCUUGAUUGAGCAAUUGAAGCAAGCAAUAAUGCAGAGCUAUGACUCUUCUGCUGCUAAGUCCAGACUACCUUUGCCUCCAACGACUGGGGAGUGGGACGUAACUGAGCCAAAUACACUUCUAAGAAUACUUUGUCACCGAGAUGAUGAAUUGGCAGCAAAGUUUCUCAAGAGAACCUAUGGUCUGCCCACAAAGCUGAGUUAAGAAAUUUCUGUUGGACUUCAGAAAUUGGGUUUGCUGUGUAUAUUUUCUGACUAUUUUUAUGGGUGGAAGCUACAUACAUAAAACAAGCAAGUCUGCAUUGAUCUUCAGAGCUUCCAGUAAGUUGAGAUAAUUUUAUGCUAAUAAUAUUGGUUGAUUAUUUAUUAACACAUGUAUAUAAUUAUAGCGCUAUUUGUUAAGUGGGGUGGUUUAGAAUAAAUUUUUUGUGUUCUUUUUUUUUUCAAUUAGAUACUUGUUAUGGUCUAGUGAUUCAUGAUUUGUUGAUGCUUUUGAGCUCUAGUGCUUGAAUAAAUUGGUAUUGAUAGUCUUUCCAUAACUUGCAAGUUAAUAAUGAAAGUCCCCAGCCGCCAUUUUCUACGGGGUAAUUUUUUGA